AUGGCGAAGCCUCUGCCGUAUGCGGUGCGCUCCGCUGAGGGAGGCGGUCGGUCGGCAGGGGUGCCCGGUGCGGCUAUGGCCUUGCCGGGGCACAGGCCGCAGCUAGCAGACCAAGCCUCGGAGCAUGCUGUCCUUGAAGCUUUUUCCCUUCUAAAGUCCAGUCAUCCACAGGGGCCUUGUGGUCCUGUGACAAGUUUGGAAACCGUGGAACGGCUGCAAGAUUACGAUGAUGCCUAUGAGGAAGCCCAAGAGCUGCUCAGUAAGUGGAUGGAGUCCAAACUGCAGCUGGAGCCAAAGAAUGAUGGAGAAAAAGGAUUUGACACUGUCCUCCUGGAAGAGCCUUCUGCAGCCCCUGCAAAGUAUGAGCGGUUUGAUGACUUGUGCAGCUAUCUGGAAUGUGAAUUGGAAAGUUCUGUCCAAGAAUACCUACAGCAACUUUUGCAGAGUGAAACCAUGAACUGUGGGAUAAUGGAGGACCUCAGACUUGAAGACAUCAAAGAAGAAGAAAAACUUAUAGAUCCACGAAUAAUCAUGGAGCUCAGACACAAGCAGGUGAAAGAAAACCGAAUAAGGUAUCAGAAAGCAUUAGAGCUUCAGAGAAAAGAAAAGUCCCUGAAGAAAUCACUUCUGGCUGCAGCCAAGCUCCAAGCACAGGAGGAGAACAGAAGGAAAGCCCUGAAGGCCAAGAGAGAGGAGGAAGAGAUCCGCAGGGAAAUGGUGAAGCUGCGGAAAGAAAUGGCUGAGAAGAGGCACACCACACGAGGGGCAUGGAGAGUGGAAGAGAAGAGACAAGAAACAAGUCAGAAGUUGUCAACACAGGAGGUAUCUAUUACUGCAUCGCUGCCCCUCGCCCUGAAGACAGAAGAGCAAGAAGAGGAGAAAGAGAGAAAAGCUCAGGAACUGCUGCACAGGAUUCACAUCAAUAAGCAGAGAUGUAUGCGACGACAUUUCUCUGCGUGGCUGAAAGUCACUCUGGAGCACAGAAUUAAAAUGGGAAAAGCCAAAGCCUUUGCUGACUGGAAAUGCAAACUGAGGGCCCUGCAAGCCUGGAGAAACUAUACUUGGGCCCAGAAAAUAGAGCAGGAGACACAGGAAUUGGAAGUUCAGCUCCAAGAUCAAAACAGGAAAACCCAGCUGUCUGUGGAACAUAACAGGCGACGGCUUCUGCGUUGGUGCUUUCUGGCCUGGCAGCACUGGAGCCAAGCAGAAAAAGAGAAGCAAGAGCUGCAGAGCAAGAGGGAGAAGACAAAGAGAAAAAUGGCACAGCUGCUAGAGGCAGUGUCACUGGGGAAGGGUGGUCUGGACAGGCCACCAGAGGUUAACAAGCCUGGGACAGGAGAAGUAAACCAUCAGGAUUUGCAGCAGGACAAGCUAACUGAAACUCGCUGCAUACAGAAAGAACCUGACCAGACCAGAGAGCACUCUUGUUGGGAUGAUGCUCAUACAUCUCAGUGCUACAGAAAACCCAAAUUUGCCUGGAAGAUUACUCUCAAACGUGCAGCCCCAGGUGUGCAGGACCAGUCCAGGAAUCAAAUAGCCACUUUCCCCCAGCAGUUUCAAACACCUGGCCCAAAGGCAGCUCCUGCUCAUGGAAGCCGUUUUGAGCACCGCCAUGCCCUCCAGCAACGUCUAAUUGAAGAGCAGAGGCAGCAUCUUCAGAAACAGCAAGAGCUGAUCCUUCAACUGCAGGAAAAUCAGAGGCUGAGCAGAGCCAAAGAAGCAGCAGCACAAGCCACAGCUGUAACUCAGCCCCUAAACAACUCUGCUUCACAAACCACAGAGGAAAACCAAGCCAGUGCUUCGGCUUCUCAUGGGCCAGAAAGUAAAAGGGCAGUGAUGCAAGGCAGGAAGCCCUCCAGCCAGCUAGCCUCAGUGGAUCCCAUACUGAAAGCUAUGGAGAAGAGAGCAGCUCAACGGGCAGAAAGGAGGAGGAAACUAGAAGAGGCCAAACAACGAAAAGAAGAGGAAAAAUUAGCCCAGCUGAAGGCUGAAGAGGAAGCACGACAGAGGAAGGAGGCCGAGGAGAAGAAAGCUCAGCAAGAAAAACGACAAGAAGAGAGAAGGCAGCAGAAGCUGAGAGAGCUGGAGAAGCAAAGGAGGCUGGAGAAGGAGCGGCAGCUCCAGAAAAAGGCCAGAGAUCACUAUGAGAAGGUUCUGCUCAGAAAGCUGGGAAUAGUGCCAUGGAAAAAGCUAAGAGAGCAAGCCAAGGAAAAUGUGGUGAUGGCACAAAGGCACCACUGCUUGGGCCUGCAGAGGAAAUACCUGAUGAUAUGGCUCCAGGACACCCAGGAGAGCCUCAUGAGGAAGAUGUCUUGGGCUGAGGACUUCUAUUCCCAUACAUUGCUGAGACGGUGCUUCAGGAACUGGCUAAAGUACAAAGAUUAUUUCUCCACUCUGGAGGAGAAAGUUAGUGCCCUCCAUGCAGCUUGCCUCAUGAGGAAGUACUUCUGGGCAUGGUUUGAUCUGGUCAUGGAGGAAAAAAGUACCUUAUGGGAGAAGCUGAAGAUUGCUACUGAACACAACAACAAGAGACUCAUGCUGAAUGCACUGAAGGCCUGGAGGCAGUACCCAUCACUGAUGAAAAAGGAGAAAGAACGAGAAGAAAGGAGAAACCAGCUACGUAGGAGAGUGGCUGAAAUUCUCCCCAACUUCCAAACGUGACAGAAGAGAGUCAAAGGGAAAGUGGACAGAAAGACUGAUGCUGUUCAGUGCUGCUUUCCUACUGACUGACACAGAGCCAAGGGGAGGUCCUGUCCAGUGCAAAGGGUCUUGCAAUCAAAGGGAAGUCCCUGGGGUCACUGGUGUUGUAAACAAAGCAUAUAUGCAUUUUUUUCUGUUUCAUUUUGCACUUCAGCAGGUUACUCCUUACAAGGUCCUCCUCAUGUGAGGUGUGUCUUAGCUGGUGGCAGUGAGGCCUAGGUAACCAAAGCCUAGCACCGGGUAUGUUUCAAGGCCAAAACCAUUUCCACAUGCAGAGCUGCAGCACUAACAAAUCCUUCUCUGUCACAGAAAGCACAGAACUGGACUGCUCCCAUUUUUCCUUAAGGAGCAACCUGGUGCUUUUGUGUUGCCAGUACUCUGUAGGGUGACACAGUUUGAUCAGUGAAAGAACAGACCUGACUGUCAGCUGACCCCUAACCACCGCUGCGAACUUGGCCACCCAGGUAUUAGUUUCAAGCUAAUUGUGCCAGGAAAGUUUGGAGGGGAGGAGAGAAGAGCUAUUCAUACAAAUCAUCUUAACUAAUGAUCCAGAUCACCACAUCACAUAUGGACCAUCUAAAACCUGGAUUCUCUUUCAAGGGACUGCUAAGCUUGCAGCACAGGCCGGUUCACAAGCACAGGGGUUUGAUUUUCUCAUCAAGCAGUGAUUCUACUUAUGAGCCUCUAUCUUCUUGUCAUUUAAAGUUUUCCCAAGCUGUUUAACUGUAAUAUUUAAGGAUAUAUUGUACAAGUGUGUCUGGGCCUUUUCACUUGACUUUCAAAAGAAAGCCCCAAAAAUGCAAGAAAUCAGGCUGUAUUUUUACAUAAGCUACAGCUGACAUGAGUAAAAUGAGAGUUUCUUGUUGCUGUUUAGCUUUACCCUACCUGCCCUAUGCUGCAGGUAAAUGCUGUUAAGGUACAGCGUGUCUUGUCUUAGCAACAGCACAAGGCAAGAAUCUGGAAUCACUUCCCCCUCAGAAGAAGACAAGCAAAGUUCUCUCCAAAAGCAUUUGGCACUUGUAGCACUUGAGUAACAUCAGGAAGAAGCCAGUUUACUGUUAUCCAGUGUGUCAAAUAAUUAUUUUCUU